AUGGCAUUGGGCCAGCUUCAACAUCUUGAAGCCUUGUUCAUCACAAGUGGAUGGCUCUCUGCACGAUGUGAAUCCUUCAACACAAAGAAUGCCCGUGCCAUUGCCAAUCGCACGAAGUUCAGACAAGAUACCAAUCUUUAUGCCUUGGACACUUUUGUGGUGACUCCAAUGUCGAAGCCAGGCAUGUGUGGAGCCCGUGAACAGGAUGAGCAGCAGACCAUUGCCGAAGCACGCGGAAUUUCAUCCUUUUCACAACUGGUGAAUCCAUUCGGCCUGUUUGUUCACUGCUUUGUCUCCCAUUUUUGGGGACACAAGUUCACAAGCACUGUCACGGCUCUUGACUUGUGGGCAGAUUCGAACUACGACAAGCUGACCUCGGAGAAGGAGGCUCUGGUCUACUGGAUAUGCCUCUUUGCGUUGAACCAGCACGACGUGGCCGAGGAGGUCGGGGAAAAUCCUCAGCAGGGGCCAUUCAACGCAGCACUGGCGCAAGCCACUGGUGGUGCAGUGAUGGUUUUGGAUGAAGAAGUGAAGCCGUUCUCCCGUAUCUGGUGCCUCUUCGAGGCUUCUCGGUUGAAGGACUUGCAGCGGCCCUUUGAACUGAUUUGCAGUGAGGGUUCCUUGUCCCAGCCUGAGAACGGUGGACACAAGGCUGUGAGCACGAAGAUGCUGGAAACAACAUGCCAGGCCUUGUGGAACGUGUCCACUGCCAAGGCUCAAAGCUCAGUAGCCAAGGACAAAUACCAGAUUUGGGGAGAAACGGCCGAUGAAUCCAUCAGGGGUGCCAUAAAGGGAGUGGGUGCCGAACGUUGGUUUGGCUCAAUGCUUCUUCAGCCAGAUGCAGUGGUCUUCAGCAACUUUGAUCGCUACAUGAAGUCUCUACUCUCCACUACGGUGCUUAAGGUCCUGAUGGCUAGGGGCGACUUUGCUCCGGCGGCCACGUGCUGCCUUCAAGGAGCAGACGUUAGUUCUGAGCAGCUGACAAAGAUUUGCAACAGUUUUGCAGCAGAAACUGAGAGAAGAGCCUGGUUGAACAGCAUGCUGCUGCAAGCAUCGAAUCUAUCCACGGCCAAGCUGCUUUUGGAGAAGGGUGCCGAUGUAGAGGCUGCGCAGACCGAUGGCGUCACAGCGCUGAUGUUGGCUGCUCAAGGUGGCCAUGAGGCCGUGGCCCAGCUGUUGCUACAGCACAGUGCUGAUGUGGCGGCAGCAAGAAACGAUGGUGCCACAGCACUGAUGUACGCUGCUCUAGGUGGCCAUGAGGCCGUGGCCCAGCUGUUGCUACAGCACGGUGCCGAUGUGGCAGCAGCGAGCAACAAUGGUUUUACAGCACUGAUGUUGGCUGCUCAAGGUGGCCAUGAGGCCGUGGCCCAGCUGUUGCUACAGCACGGUGCCGAUGUGGCGGCAGCAAGCAACGAUGGCUGGACAGCAUUGAUGUUUGCUGCUAAAGGAGGCCAUGUGGCCGUGGCCCAGCUGUUGCUACAGCACGGUGCCGAUGUGGCGGCAGCACAGGACGAUGGCGACACAGCAUUGAUGUGGGCUGCUGAGAAUGGCCAUGAGGCCGUGGCCCAGCUGUUGCUACAGCACAGUGCUGAUGUGGCGGCAGCAAGAAACGAUGCUUUCACAGCACUGAUGUGUGCUGCUGUAGGUGGUCAUGAGGCCGUGGCCCAGCUGUUGCUACAGCACGGUGCCGAUGUGGCGGCAGCAAGCAACGAUGGCUGGACAGCAUUGAUGUGUGCUGCUAAAGGAGGCCAUGUGGCCGUGGCCCAGCUGUUGCUACAGCACGGUGCCGAUGUGGCGGCAGCAAGCAACGAUGGUGUCACAGACCUGAUGAUUGCUGCUCUAGGUGGCCAUGAGGCCGUGGCCCAGCUGUUGCUACAGCACGGUGCCGAUGUGGCGGCAGCAAGGAACGAUGGCUGGACCGCAUUGAUGUUUGCUGCUAAAGGAGGCCAUUUGGCCGUGGCCCAGCUGUUGCUACAGCACGGUGCCGAUGUGGCGGCAGCCAGCAACAAUGGUUUCACAGCACUGAUGUGCGCUGCUGUAGGUGGUCAUGAGGCCGUGGCUCAGCUGUUGCUACAGCACGGUGCCGAUGUGGCGGCAGCCAGCAACAAUGGUUUCACAGCACUGAUGUGUGCUGCUGUAGGUGGUCAUGAGGCCGUGGCUCGGCUGUUGCUACAGCACGGUGCCGAUGCCGUGGCCCAGCUGUUGCUACAGCACGGUGCCGAUGUGGCGGCAGCAAGGAACGAUGGUGUCACAGCACUGAUGUUGGCUGCUCUAGGUGGCCAGGAGGAAGUGGCCAAGAUGCUGCUACAGCAUGGUGCCGAUGUGAAGGCAGCAGCAAACAAUGGCGCCACAGCAGUGAUGUUUGCUAGGGCAAACAGUCAUGAGGCUGUGGCUAGGCUCCUCAGGGAGCAUGGCGGUGGUCAGAAUUGGUUUCGGCGUUGGCUUUUUGGAUAG